CUCCGGUAAAAUGUUUACCUUCCCUCAGGAAACCAACACAGCUUAUGUGAAACUGACACCAAAAAGAGUGGAUUUCGGAGCUAUAACUGUCUGUCUCAGGACCAUUACAGACCUCAACAGGAACCACGCCCUUUUCUCUUUAUCUGCAACACCCGAUCAUAAUGCUUUUCUCAUAUUCAAGCCUACUACUGAUGGGAUUCAAAUCCAUGUCCAUCAGGGUCAAACUGAAACAUUUGGGGGCGAGGACUACAAAGUGAACACGUGGCACUCAAUAUGUUCUACAUGGGACUCUGUGACCGGUGUGGUGCAGCUGUGGCUAGACAACAAGCCCUUCAUUAGGAAAUAUGUUGGUGGAGCAAGAAUCAGAAAUCCUUCUGUUAUCAUUGGACAGGAGCAGGAUUCCCAUGGUGGAGGAUUUGACAAAACACAGUCUUUUGUUGGCAUGAUCUCUGAUGUCCACAUGUGGGACUACACCCUCUCCGCCUGUGAGAUCCAGGAGUACAUGCUUGACAGAAACCUAACUCCGGGUAAUGUGCUCAAUUGGAAGGCGCUGGACUACAGAACCUAUGGAAGAGUGCUGACAGAACAAAAAACCACUUGCUCAUGUACAGAAUAAAUACAAACAAAUAUAUAAAUUCCAUACUCCUUACGAGGCUUUUCUUUUGAGUAUGAAAUUCAAACACCCUGUAAAUCUGAACAGUGGCAUUAAUCAGCUUGAUCAACACAAUUACCUAAUUUCUGACCACCAUCUUAAAUGUGUGUGUUUAAUUUUCUUAUUAAAUCUGCAAAUUGUUAUUUGUAAUUAGAUGACAUUUGUGAUAUCCUUUUGUCUGCCAUGUUUGCUGAAACGUGUAUGAUACUCUUCCUGACAGUUCAUUAAAAAUGGCACAUUCUGCA